AUGGAUGAUCAGCUACUACCCAAGCGACUAUUCUAUGGAGAUGUCGCUGAAGGUGCUCGUCGCAAUGGAGGACCAAAGAGGCGCUACACAGACACUCUGAAGAACUCUACGAAGCGUCUCCAAAUCCACAUGGCGACCUGGGAGGAACUCGCGCAGGACCGAUCUACCACUUCGACUGCAACAACCCUCACCACAGAUGCUUCGCUGCUCUUUUCCACCGGUACCGCCCCACUCACAACUCCCUCCACACCCUCCGACGCAUCAUCGUUUCCCACCACCAGCGCCAUCACAUCUUUUGGCGCUGGGGGUUCGAGCCUUAUCUUUCUUCAAUGA